CUCCUUCAUCCAUCGCGCAACUCUCAUAUCCGCAUCCACGACAUAUUCCUGCCACCACCAACCAAAUUGACGACAAGGGCAAGUAGGAAGCCAGAAUCAUAAAACACCAUACGGAGGAACGUUUUUUUUUUUUUUUGCAGCAAAUCAAGGACUCGACCUAGACAACACGCUUAACUUUCGAAGCAGGACAGCAACAAACAACAACGACUUCAUCUCAUCUCUUCAUCAACAAAGACACGAGUGAAACACAAGAAAGGCCAUAAAUCAUGUCGGUGUUAUUUGACCAGAAUAAUGGAUACUACGACCAGCAGGGCCAGAGCUCGGACAACCUGCAGUUCUACCAAAGCCAGUACCCAGACCCCUCUGCCGGCGCCUAUGGUGGAUCGCACACGCAGCAGCGGUCUACCGGCUUUCCCGGUAACGCCGUGUCUCCUACACCUGAGCUCAGCUAUGGAGGAUACAACUCAAGCAUUCCUGGCAAUCAAAUGAACCCACAGCCCACGAACUGGCUGGCAGCCUUUGGCGCAGGUGGCCUGGAAGGCGAGCCACCACUGUUGGAAGAACUCGGUAUCAACUUUAGCCAUAUCAAGACAAAGUCUUUCACGGUACUGAAUCCUCUUCGACCUGUCGAUCGCAAUAUCAUGGACGACACAGAUCUGGCUGGUCCACUAUUGUUCUGUCUCGCAUUCGGGACGUUUUUGUUAUUGUCUGGAAAGCAGCACUUUGGAUAUGUCUACGGCGUCGCGGUGGUGGGCUGCUCGGCUCUGUACGUCAUCUUGAACCUCAUGUCACCUCAAGGACUCGAUAUCCCAAAAACAGCCAGUGUCCUCGGAUACUGCAUGUUGCCGCUGGUGAUGUUGAGCAGCCUGAGUACCCUCUUUGUUCUUAACGGUGGAUUGGGAUAUAUCUUGUCGGUACUGGCGAUUGUUUGGUGCACGUACUCAUCCUCCGGAUUCUUUACCGCUGUGCUGGGUAUGAACGAUCAGCGCUUCCUGGUGGCCUAUCCUGUCGGACUCUUUUACGGAUGCUUUGCCCUGAUGACGGUCUUCUAGACACCCUGACUAUAACAAUAAAGCUUCAUAAUGUAUGGAAUAAAUGACCAACUUUGAUUUUGGUGGCAAG